AUGGAGCCCUCUGACAUCAUGAAUGACUGCUUAGAGACUGGCGAUUUGGCGAAGGACGUUAACGAACAGGACACCGUCCUAUCGAAGAAGACAACCCGGAGCGGACGUAGCAGGAAGAAGCCACAGGCGUUCGCCCAGUCUAGUCAUUCUGCACCAUCUGGGCCAUGUAACAUAACGAUCCGAGGAGCGGCUAACAGCGUGGAGCUGACUAAGAGAACAGAGACGCAUGAGCUCUCUUCGUUGACCAAGAACAACACAAAGAAGAACAAGGGUACGAGUGUGCUACCGAAGAUGCGACUCUUGAAGCUUGCUGCAGAAACGAUGCGUACGGACGUGGUUGGCGAGCAGGCGUUGAUUGAGCUGUCUAACUUGGCCUCUGAUGGAGCAGAGACCCCAAUGAGCCCGGGCUCACGUGGCAAGCGAGCCGUCACAUGGGCUGAGGUCCUGGUAUCGGUGUAUCAGCCCAGCGCAGAUAGUGAGUCCGGUCAGGUUUAUGACGAACCAGAAGAGCGCAUGCCUUGGGAGAAGUCGGCGAACUUUGACCCUACGGUGGGAGUCGCAGACGAAAAGCCAGUGUCAGCUCCAGCUGCGGCAGAUACACCGAGCAAGCCAAAAAUCAGACGAUUGAAGCCGCCUAAGACAUCUCCUGGAAUAGCGGAAGCUCCCGCUGCGACUUCAGCGGCACGCAAUGCUGUCGCAGUCAACGAAGGUAAUGGUUUAAUGGGUGCGGUUGACCCAUCCGAAGCGCAGCCAAAGGCUGCACCGAAGUCUCGCCGCUCAAGAAUCGCAACGCCAGCGAAAGGGCUGACCAAGGCACCCCUGCCCCACGCAGAGUCUCGGUCUGAAGAGCAAUCUCAUGGUAUCCUGGGCAAGAACACCUCAAAAGCUCCAGCUUCAACAAGCCGCACUGUUCCUUCGAACACGGCGGGCAAGGAGAACCUCAUAUCAUCACCACCAAAGAAGCGCGCGGGUGCGCUGCCUCGAGCAAACGCAUUGGGAUCAAAGCUUGAGCUGCCCAAAGCUGACUCCAGGCUUGCCGCGAACGUCGAGACGGAGACUCUGUCCGGGCUAGGGAGUCCGGCGAAGAAGGCACCCAAAGCAUCUUUCCUUUUCGGUGCUCCGGCAGCUGCUGGAAAGGUAGCGGUGAAGCCGAUACCGCCAGCCAGCCUCAGUAGUCCGGCUAAGAAAAGGCCUAGACGCACAGCUGUUUAG